GGCACAGGGACCACAACUGACAUGAGGGUUGCAUUCCUGGUGCUGCUUCUCUGGGCUGUGGCCUGUGCUUACCCUGUGCCUGGCCAUGAACCCACCCACCCCAGCGCCCUGCAGGAGGAUACCGCAAAUGAAGAUUACAUCGGCAAGAUGGGCAACCACCUAGAUGGUGGAGAUGGCAGACAUCCUCCUGCCAGUCCAGAGACAGGGGAAAAUGCACUUGCCAGGGACCUGACGGGUGGCAAUACCGUGGAUGAGGAGCUGGGUGAGCUCAGUGGCCAAGAUGUGGGAGGCCGAGCUGGGCAGGCUCAGCACGUGAACCAGGACCACAAAGACAUGAGUGUCCACAGUGGGAACGACCUUGGUUUCCUGGAGGUGGAUGCACGUGACACUGAUGAUGCUGACAACGGAGACCACUACGGCACCAGAGCCAACGCGUUUCCCUCCCACGGCGGCGGGUUCCUGGAUGAGGAGGACGACAGUGGGGACGACACCUUCGACGUCAAUGGGGAAGAGGAGAGGGGUGAAGGCCCUACCUACGUGGCUGGUGCUGAUGGGGCAGGGGAACACGAGCAUGAUGCUGGCCGUGGGGAUGCCGGGGCUGGCGCGGGGCACGGCGACAGCAGCAGCAGCAGCAGCAGCGAGAGCGUCGGGGCAGACCACCGGCGGUACAGGAGCUACGGCUUUGGCCACGCUUACAGGCACAGACGGGCCAGCAGCAGCAGCCAGGAGGAGGAGGAGAGCUAUGACUUCCAGGAUGAAGGCAUGCAGGGGGAUGAUCCCUCUGUCUUCGAUGGCCCAGGCAGCAGCUACAGGUUGCGCCACGCUGGCCCCCGUGCUCUGGGGAACAGCGGGGAGAGUGCCCAGCGGGCUGGCUCCCACCACUGGGAGGAGGGUGACAGCAGGUCCCCCGAGGUGGAGGAUGGUGACUCUGGAGAAGACAGCCCAUCUGUGGAGAACAACAGUCAGUCAGAAGAGCCUGUUGACAGCCAGUCAGAGGAAAAAAGCUCCAGCCAGUCCAGGGAGGAUGGGGAUGGGGAUGGGGAUGGGGAGGAUAGCCCCUCCAGGGAAGAUGAGGACAGCAAGUCCAGGGAGAGCACUGAUGAGCAGUCAGAUGAAGAGCCAGGGGAGACCCCGGAGGUGGUGAGAACCUUGAAUGAGCACAGCAACAGUCAAACAUGGGAACAGCAGGAGGACUGGGAUUCUGCUGAGGACAGGAGUGUGCUGUCCACACCUGACAGUGAGUCCAGGGAAGAAGAGGGUGAACUGAGCAAGUCCAGGGAAGAUGAUGAUGACCGGAGCCAUUCCACAGAUGACACUGUGGAGGAGUCAGAGGAGGAUGAGAAUGACUCUGUGCCAAGCACAUCAGCUGAGAGCCCAGAGUCACCAGAGGACGACAGCAGCCCAGAAGACAACACAGGUGAGGACAGCAGGUCCACAGAGAGCGACAACAGCGAGUCCCAGGAAGAUGAGGAUGACAUGGAGAGCCACUCCCAGGAGGAUACCACCCGCGAGUCCAGCAGCCACGGGGAUGACAGCUCCCUGCAGAGCCUGGAGAGUGGGAGCCACAAGCAGCGGCUGGGUGCCCUCCGCCACAGACCUGCUGCUGACUAUGAUGACAAUGACUGCCAGGACGGGUACUGACCUGUGCCCCACGGCCUCAGCGGCAUGGGGGGUGUGGGGGGAGGAGGGGUUAAUUUAUUUGCCAUUUAGCCUGGUUCACUUCUUCUCAAGAAGGUGCUGUGGUUAAAAUGGAGUUGGGCUUGCCAGGGCUAGGCCUGGGCACGCUACACAGGAAGUGAAAGGGUUGCCAGGCACAGGGAAAACACUGAACCACAGCAAGAAAAGGUAUUUUCUGUAUCAAACUGGAGAGCAGCUGAGAGCUGUGAAUGCCAGCAGGGUGAUGCUGUCCGCUUGCCCCAGGGGCACAGUGGUGGCUUGGCACUCCUGGGCAUGCUGGGCAGGUCCCUGCGUUCACCCCUGUGUUUACCUACCACUGCCCUAAACACAUCUGCCCAGACUGCAAUUGGAGCUUUCCAUUAACUCCAUGUCCAGCACAUAAAAAGGAAAAGCUACAGCUGGUGUGCACACCUGGUGCACGGGCACGGCAGGGUGUGAAGUACCACUUCAGGAUGGGAUGUAUGUAAUAUUUUUUAUUAUUUUGUAAGAAAUGUACAGAAAACAUUAUACUGUAUCCUUUUUGCACUUGUAUUUCAAAGCUGAAAUAUACCCUGUCGAUUUCUUUAAUCACCAUUAAAACCACCAAACUCCACUGGUAGUGUGGUUUGAGGUGCUGCUGGUUUUUUCU